AUGUCCUGUUGUGGCUCCGUCUGCUCUGACCAGGGCUGUGGCCAAGGCUGCUGCCAGGCCACCUGCUGCCGCCCCAGCUGCUGUGGUUCCUGCUGCUGCCGCCCCAGCUGCUGCAUUUCUAGCUGCUGCCGCCCCAGCUGCUGUGGUUCCAGCUGCUGUGGCUCCAGCUGCUGCCGCCCUUCCUGUUGCAUCUCCAGCUGUUGCCGCCCCUCCUGCUGUGGCUCCAGCUGCUGUGGCUCCAGCUGUUGUCGUCCCUCCUGUUGCAUCUCCAGCUGCUGCCGCCCCUCCUGCUGUGGCUCCAGCUGCUGUGGCUCCAGCUGUUGUCGUCCCUCCUGUUGCAUCUCCAGCUGCUGCCGCCCCUCUUGCUGCGGCUCCAGCUGCUGUGGCUCCAGCUGCUGCCGGCCCUGCUGCUGCCCCUGCUGCUGCCUCCGCCCAGUCUGUGGCCAGGUCUCCUGCCCCACCAAUUGCUAUCGCCCCACCUGUGUCAUCUCCACCUGCCCCCGCCCCAUGUGCUGUGCCGUCCCUGACUGCUGA